AUGAACCAUCUGCCAGCAUCAUCGGGGUCUUCACUCUGGAGCCAGGGAGCAGACAGCACCUUCAGGCUGGUGUCCUGUGUCUUCUUUCUGAUCUUCCUGUGCUACUGUGUCUCUGCCCAGCGCCUGUGCAGGAAGGAGGAGUACCCCGUGGGGGACGAGUGCUGCCCCAUGUGCAACCCAGGUUACCACGUGAAGCGCGCCUGCAGUGUAGAGACAGGCACCGUGUGUGCCCCCUGUCCUCCAGAGACAUACACCGCACAUGCAAACGGCCUGAGCAUGUGCCUGCCCUGCGGAGUCUGUGAUCCAGACAUGAACCUGGUGACCUGGCAGGAGUGCUCCAGCCGGAAUGACACCGUGUGUAGGUGUAGCCCGGGUUACUUCUGCAAGACCCAGGAGGGGGACCACUGUUCCGUGUGCUUGCCACACACCAACUGCUCUCGUGGACAGAGGGUGCAGAAGAGAGGUACUUACAGCCAGGACACAGUAUGUGCCGAUUGCCUGACAGGGACCUUCUCCACAGAAGGGACUCAGGAGGAGUGUCUGCCCUGGACCAAAUGCAAAGCACUGAUUGAGAAAGAAGCAGAGCAUGGGACCAGCAGCACAGACGUCACCUGCUCCAUCUCCCCUGGCUUCAUCACGAUUUUGUGCAUUUUGUGCAGCCCUGUGAUAGCUGUGCCACUCUUCCUCAUUUGGAAGCAAAGAAGGAGGCUGCACAUUAGUGUGAGAAGUCACACGCUGGAGGUGGCCCACACAGCUGGAAGCCCAGAUACGGGACCAGAGGCUGGCGAGCAGGAGCCUUUCCAGGGGCAGAACACUGUCGGGUUCCCAGUCACUGAAGUUGGGCCUGCUGUGACCGAGGAGGGGACAGCCCUCAACCCCCUCAACCGCGAGGAUUCUGGGUGACGAGAUACCUAGGACACCCUGGUGAGGAAGCUUCCAUAUGCCGCAGGGGCAUGGCAGAUGCCCUGGGCUGCUCCAGUGUCGUACCACAGCUGAGA